AUGCGCGCCCACCUUCCUGAGCGGAGCCCGCACCAGUCAGCCGGCAACCACCCUGACAGCAUUCCGGGCAAGGGGUGGCAGUGGGGAGACGGACAAGGGAGCGAGCGGGCAGAGAGGAAGAGGCAACACGUCCGGGCUCGCCGGGUUAUCACGGUUCGGGCAGCGGGUGUGUGGGGGGCCCGCUUCCAGGCCGAUGCGACGCUGGGCCAGAAAUCCCGGUUUGCGUGCCGCUGCCUGCCCACACCAUCAUCGACCCUGUCGAAAAGCUGCUCGGGGGGUUGGCGUGGCACGCGUGUGUGGUUGAGGGCUGCGCGGCGCUGCGUCUGUAGAGCGCACUGGAGCGGCUGCUCCUUCCUCACUCUCGGCCCGCCAAGCACCACCCAUCAGCUGCCACUAACCUUUGGCCUCGGGCAAGGGUACCGGGACUUCGGCUUGAUGAUUCAAUAA